AAUAAAAUUUAUUAAUGAGCAGACCUUACUCACCUACAAGAAGCAGAGCAGAAAAGAUUGUUGGACAAUUAAGUGAAUUAACAUUAGGACGUAAAGAUUAAGUAUUUGGUGUUUGUUUGAUUGAAGACUUCAAGAAUAAAGGAAGCGGAGGAGAGAGUAGAAAUAUUAGAGACAGCAAUAAAGGAUCUAAAAGAGACUUUAGAGGGAAAGAUAACAAAAAUAUAAGAGGGAUUAGAAUAUGUUUAAUAGGUGUUAAGUGAAUAAGAACCAAAAGAGGAAGAUGAAUAAUAGAUGGUAGAGGAUAUGAAGAAGGCAGAGGAGAGUGUAAAUGAAAAGUUAGAGGAGUUGAGCAAGUAGAGAGAGGAGAGUUAAUAGAAGUUUAAUGAAUAAGUGGAGAAAGAUAUUCAAGAAUUGAAAGAACAGAUAACUUAGGAGAAGAAUGAGAGAAAUUAAUAAAUAAAAGAGAUUAAUGAAUGUUUAGAGGUAGAAUGUUGAAUAAGUAUAAAAGAGUGAUUUACCACAGUUAUAAGAUAUGUUGUAAUAGAACAUAAAGGAGAGAGAUGAGAUGGAUAGAAAUAUAAAUAAUAAAUUAAGUGAAGAAUUAUAGAGAUUGUCAUAGAUAAUCUAAUAAGAGAGAAUCAAUAGAUAGUAAGGAGAGUAGAGUUUAUUUGAAAUGUUGAAGGAUGUUGUUAAUAGGAUAAAGAAGGAAAUAGAUUAAGAUAAAGUUAUGAGAGAGGCUACUGAGAAUGAUAUCCUGAGUGUUUUAGAGGAGACACUCAAUAAAAUUUUAGCAGCUCAAGAUCAUUGAUAUAUAUAAAUA